AUGUGCUCAGCAACUCCGUCGCCAUUGUUCCAGGAAGACCUUACAGUGAAUCCCAUUGUCCAGGCACUUCCAGCACCGGAUGGUUGGUUGCUUGUGUCGACAAAUUUCCCCUCGUACUUGGUAUUUUUUCUUAACCCGUUUACCCGGGAGUACAUAUACUUACCCGAGGCUGCACCUACGUCAGGCUAUUGCUUAACUUUCACAGCCGCUCCUACAUCAAGUAGUUGUUUGGUGAUCUCGCUUAACGAUAGAAGUAUCUGCUCAUAUAUUGAGAUUGCUACUUGGAGACCUGGUGAAACCCUAUGGACCACCCAUCGGUUUGAGAACUUGUUACCCGGUCGUAGAUGGAAGAGUUGUGUCUUCUCAAACGGUGUGUUAUAUUGUCUCACUACUUUCAGCAACAUUGGGAUUUUCGACCCGUCUAGAGCAACCUGGAAUAUUCUUCCAGUGGAACCCUGUCCCGCCUUUUUUCAGGUAGAUUUGGGGAGGCGAGUGUUGAUGACGGAGCAUGAAGGAGACGUAUUUGUUAUGCUUACAAGCCGCAACAAGAACCCAUUGAUGUUUAAAUUAAACCUUGAACGUAAUGCGUGGGAAGAGAAGAGAGAUCUUGGUGGCUUGACAGUAUUUGCAAGCCACCCUACCUCUCUUACAAGAGCUGGUUUCUCGGUGGAGGAGAGGAACAGAAUAUACCCAUCACAUAAUGGGCACCUUGGCGUGUACUAUUCUCUUGGUGAUGAUAUAAUUAGCUCUCGCUUCCCUUCGAGCAACUAUCUAUCUAACCGCAUUGCCUGGGUGGAUCCUCCUUACAACAAUUUUAAUUUGUGA